UGGCAGAGGCCCAUUAAUAUAUAUCACGUCCAUCUUUCUGAGCCAUGUCAACCGUCGCCGUCGGCGACGGCGCACACAUCCUCGUCUACCCUUAUCCUGCGCCGGGUCACAUUAUACCCCUCCUCGACCUCACCCGUCUGUUACUCACCCGCGGCGGCCUCACCGUCACCGUUUUGGUCACACCCGAACACCUUCCUUUACUCCAACCUCUCCUUUCCACCCACCCCUCCACUUCCCUCCAACCCCUCCUCCUUUCUCAUCCCCCAAACAGCCCCAAUUCCAGUGGGCUCGUCGCUAAAGUGCGCGCCGCGGGCGAACUUUAUCACCCCAUCCUUCAGUGGUUUCGAUCCCACCCUAACCCCCCUGUGGCCAUCGUAUCUGAUUUCUUCCUCGGCUGGACCACCAACCUAGCCCGCGAACUCGGCGUGCCACGUGUCGUUUUCUGGGCAUCCGGUGCUUUUGCUGCGUCGGUUCUUGAUUUCCUGUGGCGCCACCUACCGAGAAAUGAUGAACCUCAUGACGACGACAACUUGAUCCGUCUAGCAAAUGUUCCGAAUUCCCCAGAAUACCCCUGGUGGCAAAUUCAACCUUAUUAUCGCCAAUACACAAAAGGAGAUCCAGAUUUCGAAUUUUUCAGGAGCAACAUUUUGGCCAACAUGGAGAGUUGGGGAAUUGUAUUUAAUUCGUUCACCCAGUUGGAACGAGUUUACAUUGAUCAUGUCAAGAAAGAACUGCUGGGAAACCAACGUGUCUGGGCUGUGGGACCCUUAUUGCCUCCUGAUGAUGAUGCAGUGGGCCUUGCUACACGUGGCGGACCGGUCAAUGUGCCACCUCAUGAGGUGAUGACGUGGCUUGAUGGAAAGGCUGACCAGUCAGUUGUCUACGUGUGCUUCGGAAGUCGGGGCAAGCUGACAAGUAAGCAAACGAAAGCAUUGGUGGAUGCUAUCGAGCACAGUGGGGUGCAUUUUAUUUGGGCUGUCAAGGCAACAGAUAAAGGACACGUGGCUGAUGAUGAUACUAGUGCAAUUCUUGAUGAAUUUGAAGAUCGUGUGGGAUCUAGCGGUUUUAUCUUCAGAGGAUGGGCCCCACAAGUGGCGAUACUGAGACAUCGAGCUGUGGGAGCGUUCGUGACUCACUGUGGGUGGAACUCAGUGUUGGAGGGACUGGCGGCUGGGGUGAUGAUGCUGACGUGGCCGAUGGGGGCCGACCAGUUCACAAACGCUAAAUUGUUGGUUGACCAGAUUGGUGUGGCGGCUCGAGCUUGUCACGGUGGAGCUCAGUCUGUUCCCGACUCAACUGAGUUGGCUCGGUUGUUGGCCGAGUCAGUGAGUGAAACAGGGCCUAAGAGAGCACAAGUCCUGCAGUUUCGUGAUGAGGCUUUGAAGGCAGUCACAGGAGGCAGUUCAAGCAUAGAUUUGAAGGAUUUUCUCAACCAACUCAGUGAGCUUCAAAAGCAAAAGACUUGUGAUUAAUUCAAUUGCGAACUAGGAUCCUCUAAAUUAAAUCUUCUUUACAUUAUCCUAAGUUGAAUUGUUAUGAUUUUAAAAUGUGUCAUUUCACCAAAAUCUAGGGCUGACAAUGCUCCACAUAAUUUAAUAAUAAAAAGGCUUGAAACGACAAUGUUUUAAGGAAGAAAAACUAAACGCUAAUCUCUUCACCUUUCAUUGUCUUCCCUCUAUUUUAAUUCAUUUUUGAUGUUUAAACCUAAACUCUGCUCUUUCUAAUCUCCUCUCACUGAAUAUAAAGUUAAGUCGUUCACUUUUUCUUA